UUCCAGACUGUAUUUUUCGUGGGUGGUUGGAUUUUCUUCGUAAAACAGCUGUUCAGGGAUUAUGAAGUCCACCAUCUGCUUGUGCAACUCAUUUUCUCAGUGACGUUUGCACUUAGUUGCACCAUGUUUGAAUUGAUCAUUUUUGAAAUCAUUGGAUAUUUGGAUUCUAGCUCGAGAUAUUUCCACUGGAAUUUAGGACUAUAUUCCCUGCUCUUCAUGGUGAUAGCAUUAAUACCUUUCUACAUAGCAUACUUCUGCAUCAGCAAUGUCAGAUUUGUAUCUCAAAACAUGAUCAGACCACUAACAACAAUGAUUUGGUUCAUCUAUUUAUAUUUUUUCUGGAAGCUCGGGGAUCCAUUUCCCAUUUUGAGUCCAAAACAGGGUAUAUUCUCGAUUGAACAAGGUGUAUCCCGCAUCGGGGUCAUAGGAGUGACAGUGAUGGCGCUUCUCUCAGGUUUUGGUGCUGUAAACUAUCCAUAUACGUCAAUGGCUAUAUUUUUAAGACCAGUAACUCAAUCCGAUGUCCUGUCAAUAGAGAAAAAACUCCUUCAAACGAUGGACAUGAUUCUUGUGAAAAAGAAAAGGAUAGCACUAGCGGAAGCCAACAGCGUUGGAGGGAGACAGCAAUAUGGCUUACUGGACCAAUCAAGUGCAAAGAAUCGAGGAUUUUGGACUAAUAUUUUGUCCAGUGUCGGGAGUAUUGCAAAUCCUCUCGGACAUGGCGCUGAAAAUAUAACUCAACUACGUCAAGAGAUAGCAGGUCUAGAAGAAUUAAGCCGUCAGUUGUUCCUGGAAGCCCACGACGCUCGCACAAUGAGAGAGAGGAUCGACUGGUCAAAAACAUUUCAAGGGAAGUACUUCAACUUUUUGGGCUACUUCUUCUCGCUGUAUUGCAUUUGGAAGAUAUUUAUUUCAACAAUAAACAUAGUAUUUGAUCGCGUAGGCAAAAAGGACCCUGUGACUAGAGGUUUAGAGAUCGUAGUCCACUGGCUGGGCUGGCAUAUAGACGUGGCGUUCUGGUCACAGCACGUUUCUUUCAUACUCGUCGGAUGUAUAGUGCUUACUAGCAUAAGGGGGUUACUUCUUACGCUUACUAAGUUUUUCUACAAAAUAUCAUCAUCGAAAUCAUCAAACAUAAUAGUUUUAAUACUUGCCCAAAUAAUGGGCAUGUACUUCUGUUCGUCAGUUCUUUUGAUGCGAAUGAACAUGCCGUCUGAAUACCGUAUUAUAAUCACACAAGUAUUAGGAGAUCUACAGUUUAACUUUUACCAUAGAUGGUUUGACGUUAUAUUCUUAGUUAGUGCCUUAACUAGUAUAUUUACACUUUACUUAGCUCAUAAACAACCUUCUGUCAGUUAAGUUAAAUUAUUAUAGUUAUGUUUUUAUAAUAAAAUCGAACCUCUUAAGUCGGAAAUCGAAGAAAAUCCGAAGUCAGUAGUUUUCGAUUUCGAAAAUCUUGGAGUUAAUAAGUCUGACUGUUUUAAAAUUUGAGAUAAGUUCUAGCAAAAUAAUCAGUUCGAAGCAUAGAGGUCAAAAUGGCAGCUUUAAACAAGGGAGGACAAAUUUAUUUAAUGGAAAUUAAUUUUUAUUCUAGAGAAUACGUUAC